AUGGCAGUCGACUGUCCCAUAUGCAACAAGCCCGUCAAAUCAUCCGAGAUAAAUAGCCACAUCGACUCCGGCUGCACGAGCUUCAUCGUCGACAAGGAGCCCUCGCCACCAACAUCACAGCCAAACGGAACCUCUGGCACGCCGUCCCAACAAAAGCGCAGCGCAUCCAGUUUCUUCUCAACCCCAGCGCCGAAACGAAUACACGCCGAUGGCAAGGCUACGCCCCUCGUGAACGGCACAUUCCCGCCCGUCAUUGGGAAGAAGCGCAGUUUUGAAGAAGGGCCAGGCGCAGAGAAUGGACCGCCCAGCCUCGCGGCGGUAGAAGAAGCUACUAAAGAAAAUGGUCUAGAGAACGGCCACGAUGAAGACGGCAAAGUCACAAAGAAGACCAAGACGCUGCGGUCGGCACCGCUAGCGGAGAGAAUGCGCCCCAGGACGCUGGAUGAAGUAUGUGGACAGGAUCUCGUGGGCCGGAAUGGGGUGCUGCGAGGGCUUAUAGAGUCGAAUCGCGUGCCGUCCAUGAUCCUCUGGGGUGCUUCGGGGACGGGCAAGACUACGAUUGCGAGGUGUAUAGCCCACAUGGUGGGCAGUCGGUUCAUUGAGCUGAAUGCCACGAGCUCGGGUGUAUCCGAGUGCAAGAAGCUGUUUCAAGAAGCUGCCAAUGAGCUGAGUCUCACUGGACGCAGGACGAUUAUAUUCUGCGACGAGAUCCACCGCUUCAAUAAAGCGCAGCAGGAUGUGUUUCUGAAGCCCGUUGAAGCAGGCACCGUCACGUUAAUAGGGGCGACCACUGAAAAUCCAUCUUUCAAAGUCGCCAAUGCGUUGUUGUCGCGAUGUAGGACGUUUACUCUCCAGUCCCUCACGGCAGAGGACAUCAUGGACAUUUUGAAGCGGGCAAGAGAGGCAGAGGAGGUGGUGUACCCGCCUACGCCGCUGAUAGACGACGAAAUGAUGGGGUACCUCGCUCGAUUUAGCGACGGCGACGCGAGAACUGCCCUGAAUCUACUGGAGUUAGCCCUCUCACUGACCACGAGAGAGGGCAUAACCAAAGAGGACAUCAAGUCAUCGUUGACAAAAACGCUCGUAUACGACAGAGGCGGCGACCAGCACUACGACUCCAUCUCCGCAUUCCACAAAUCCGUGCGAGGAAACGACCCCGACGCAGCAUUAUACUACCUCGCCAGGAUGCUACAAUCCGGCGAAGACCCCCUAUUCAUCGCUCGCCGCAUGGUGGUCAUUGCCUCGGAGGACGUCGGCCUCGCAGACAACACCCUCCUGCCCCUCGCGACGGCAACAUACACCGCCACCCAGCAGAUCGGCAUGCCGGAGGCGAGAAUCCCGCUCGCACACUGCGCGAUUGCGCUGUGUCUCGCCCCCAAGAGCACAAGAGCCUACCGCGCGCUGAACAACGCGUACGCCGCGCUGCGGGAACCCGGGAUGGCGAGUCUGCCUGUGCCGCUGCACCUGCGGAACGCGCCUACGCGGCUUAUGCGGGAUAUGGGAUACGGCGCCGAGUACAAGUAUCCUCCUAAUUAUCGGGAGGGUAAGGUUCGGCAGACGUAUUUGCCGGGGGAGCUGGUGGGGAGGAGGUUCCUUGAGGAGAGGGAUCUGGGGACCGAGGUUGAUCCUGAUUUGGUCAUGGAUGAGGCUGAGUAG